AUCCUUGGAUUUCCAAUUAAAUUCCACAUCUCCCUAUCUCAAUUACAGAUCCUCCAACCAACAAACAAAAACAUGUACUGUGAAGCUACUUCAGAUCUUGACCUCCGCCUCUUGGACUCUAUUCGUCGGCAUCUUUUGGAAGAUGAUGAUUUUGAAACCCAGUAUCCAGCUACAUUCUCCGAAAAUUUAGCGAAUGUUCAACUUCCGAUUACUUCGGCUCAGAUGGGUUGUUCCAAAACUGAUGCUGUUGCAAUUAAUGUUGAUCAAUGGAUCACCUUUGAUCAGUUAUUUGAUGCAGCGGAGGCUGCCGCUGAGGUCUCAUUUCCCAGCUGCGAAAUGUCUUCUAAGGCGGACACUCCUCAAACGCCACCGAAGAAGGUGCAUUAUAAGGGAGUACGGAGAAGGCCAUGGGGGACGUACGCAGCGGAGAUAAGGGAUCCCAAGAAGAACGGUGCCAGAAUAUGGCUUGGUACUUAUGAGACGCUCGAAGAUGCUGCACUGGCUUACGAUAGAGCGGCUUUUAAAAUGCGUGGCUCAAAAGCCAAGCUGAAUUUUCCUCACCUUAUUGGUUCCGAUCAGGUGCAGCCGGUGAGAUUGAGCAAUAACAAGCGCCGAUCUCCAGAGCCCUGUUCGCCUUCCUCUUCGUCUUCCAUGUCAGAUGACGGAACUCCCAAGUCAAAACGGAGGAUAAGCGAGUUAGGAAGUGAUUUUAAACUAGACUUAUAUCAAUUGAUGUCAACUGAAUUUUGACGAACCGUUAGCCGUUUACGAAAAAUGUAUAUAAUCAUUUACAUUUGAAUGCUAAUUCAUUCCCAUUUUUGAGUAAUUCAAAAAGCUAUAUGAACUAAAUAUUAGAUUUACGAAAAGAAACAUAAAUCUGUACAUAAGGAUUCUUCAUGGUGCAGUAUGUAUGAAGGUCAGAAUCAAAAGGUACAAUAACUUGAAUUUUAAAUCUUGUGUAAUUCUUUAGCCGCACCACCAGUUCAAGUCCUUCCUUCCCAACUCAAAAAGGAAUAAACAAAGGUUUCAACACAAGUUCGUAUUUCUCAAAUUUUAAAGCAACAAUCACAAAAGCAGGCAGCAUUAUCACUGUCUCAAAACCAGAAUCAUCUGUUGCUGAAAGGUUGUCAACAAAAUCUGGCUGCUCAACUAAACAUCGGGUCCAUCGGUUGCAUUCUCUAUCUUCAUGAUCUUGGAU